CCAAAACACAAAACAAAAUCAUCCCAAAAAAAGCAAGUUCUCCUAAAAAGUCUUUUAGUUAUUUCACUUGUAUCAAUUAUCAAUAUGGCUUUUGGUGCAACUCAUUUGAGCUUAGCACUUUGCCUUAUGGCUCUAAUUGUUCUUGCAAAAGCAGAUUUUGAUGAAAAAAUAGAGCCAAUUAACAAUAUUUUGGAGCAAAAUUCAGAAAUGUUAACUCAAGAAUUUUGUAUUUUCGCGGCGGUUGGGUCAGUUGUCACGGAAGCUAUUAUAAGGGAGAGGCGAAUGGGAGCGUCUCUCAUUCGCCUCUUCUUCCAUGACUGCUUUGUCGAUGGAUGUGAUGCUGGUAUUCUUCUAGAUGAUAUUCCUGGAAGGUUCCAAGGAGAAAAAACAUCACCACCCAAUAAUAAUUCAGUAAGAGGUUUUCAAGUAAUUGAUCAAGCUAAACAAAGGAUCAAAACUAUGUGCCCUGGGGCAGCUGUUUCUUGUGCUGAUAUCCUUGCUCUUGCUGCCCGUGACUCUGUUGCUAUGUUAGGAGGAAUACCAUACCCAGUAAGACUAGGCCGAAGAGACGCAAGGACCGCGAAUUUCACCGGCGCGUUGACCCAACUUCCAGCCCCAUUCGACGAUCUCAACGUUCAAUUAAGGAAAUUUAGCGCGAAGGGACUGUCCGCACGAGAAAUGGUCGCGUUAGUUGGGUCCCACACAGUAGGAUUCGCGCGAUGUGUAACAUUAUGUGACGACAGAAACAUUAAUCCGGCCAUGAAAUCAACAUUAAGGUGUGGUUGCCCUGUUAGUAGCAACAACACGAACUUAGUACCGUUGGAUUUGAUGACUCCUGAUUUUUUCGACAAGUUUUAUUACGAGGAUUUAAUCCGAAAUCAAGGACUUCUUUUCUCGGACCAAGUGUUGAUGGGAUCUAGCGCGACUGCUGACGUUGUUCGAACCUAUAAUAAUAACCCUGCUCUGUUCUUGCGCGAAUUCAACGAUGCCAUGAUCAAGAUGGGGGACUUGCCCCCAUCUCGUGGCGUUCAGUUGGAAAUUCGCGAUGUUUGUAGCAAGGUGAACGGUAAUUCCAUCGCGGACAUGUGAAAUAAGAAGACAAAAUCUGUAAAAUUUCCAAUUUCAUGUCCCUAAAUAAACGAAUGUAUGGCUUAUUGACAAUCUAGUUUGUUGUUUAAUGUAAGUUGCCUGGCUUUCUAUAUAUGUACCCUUUGUCUA